CUGACUUGUAGCCUGCCUGUGUGUCUAACUAAUCGAUAUUUGUCUCCUGAAUCUGUUUCCUGAACCUGCACCUUAACAGAGUUCGACCCUCAACAACUUACUACCCCUUCCACUGUCCUACUGUAACAGGCCAGAGCCCUUUUUCACGCGCGACCCAAGUCGCGAGUCUCUAAGCUUUUGGUAGAUUGUAUCUGGCCUAGUUACAUUGAAUCAACUUUAACCCUUCACACUUGCCACCAUGGCCCGACCUACUCCCUCAUUCCCCUGUUCCACAAAAGAACCAUACGGCUCCCUUGAGAGCAUCCGUUCGCUGACGCCCCCAGCUGCUGCUGCAGACAUUGUACUGGGCGGGGUGAGCGCGGUAUGCCGCCUCCAGGAUUGGGACGCUCGACGUGCUGGCGUAGAGCCCGAUCAGGCACUCGUCUGGCACAUUGCCCAUAGCGCCCUUGCCGCACACUGCCUCCAGUAGGCCGGCCUGCAUUUGCAUGCUCGUUACAUUGGCGUACGCGGGGUAGGCAUUCAUUGAGAAGACGUUAUACAGGAACACGAGAUCUCCUCAGAGUGCCUGACUUGCGGCACUUUGUGCCAGAUUCGCGAUUACCUGCAGCUCGCGCGCGUUGUCCAGGGAAUGGAUCCCCAUAUCUACCUGAAUGUGUGGGAGUUCGUUCUCGGCGAAACCAGUGAUAUUGAGCCAAACAUUGCCGCUGGAUUCCACAGAGGUGGCAAUGUUGCCAUAGGCCAACGCUUGGAUACUGUCAUUAUAGCUGAGCUGCUGGCUGUAGGCAGUCUGUCCAAGCAGCAUCCCAGCCAGGAGAUAAAAUGAUGAAGUUCUCAUUGCUGUUGGAGGGGACACAGAAAUGGGAAGAGAAGAGAGAAAGGGGAGUUGAGAAGAUCUGAGCUGGAGACUGAUUGGACAAUGGCUUUCUGUCGUGCAUGCCCAGUGGGAGAAUUUGGCUCAAUUUAUAAUGCUCUGGAGAGUACAAAAUCCUCUUACCCAAGCCAUUGAGUGCUUGCCUGCUGCUUGCAACAUGUGAUGUUGGUCUUGGUCAAUUUUCAAGGCCAUCAAAGUUCGCUCUUUGGUGGAGGUAUUUCUGUGGAGAAGACUAAGUGAUCCAGUCAAUUGGUGAUAGCUGGGACGCCUGCGCUCCCCAGCCAGGGCCAAAAAGACCAGCAUUAUCCGCUGACGCGGAUAAGACCCAGACUCAGCAUAUGUAGCGCACUGAGGACCGGCUUUUUUUUCUUACAAUAUUGGGGCUUUUCACUUCUUCCUAAUUCAGGCAUGGUUUUAUCGUGUACCCAUCUGCAGAUCAACCAUUAUAGUCUCAGGGCUAACGGGCUUGGUCUCACUGUGGCACUAGUUUGGCAGUAUAGCUUGAUCCUUCAUCCAGAG